CAAUCAAGAGUGUAUAUCAAGUCACCCUUUUGUCUCACCUCUCUCUGCACACACAAUCAUUCUCAACCAACGGAGAGGGAGAGCGCAGCAUGAAGAAGAUCAAUCAGCUGAUACUGAGGAAGUGCAAGAGCUUGUCCCGGCAACUGGGGAGAUCCUCGUCCUACAGCAACCUCAGGUCGAAGUCGGCGAGAGAGGUCGAGCUGUGGUGCGGCAUGCUAGACGACCCCAACGAGCCUCGCGAGACUAUAAUCGUUGGGAGCUCAAGGAAGCGUUACUUGAUCAGCUCCAAGCACUUGAGCCACCCCUUGUUGAACGCUCUCAUCCAGAAGUCCUCAUCGUCAUCGAAGCAGAAGCCGGGAGACAGGGAUGGUGUUAUUCAGGUGAAGUGCGAAGUGGUUCUCUUCGACCACCUCCUGUGGAUGCUCGACAAUGUUGACCCAAGCAUCGGUCCCGAGUCGCUGGAAGAACUGGCUGAGCUCUAUGUUUUCUGAUGAUGAUAAGGGCUCUUAUUUCUCUACACUAUAAAUUUUACCUAGAUCUCCAGCUAUUGAUGAUUCUUUUAUUUUUAAGAGAGAUAGAUAAUUCAAAUCUUGAUUCAUUUCAUAUUAGGUCAAGACUGCCGAAUGCACCUGAUCAAAAAUUUUGAUGAUCGAAUCAUCAAGUGCUUUCGGCAUUUCUUUGUGGAUCUACAGCAAUAAACGUAAUUACAAUAUACGAAUGAAGCAAGUCCAUGGAUCUGGUGGGUCGCAAGUUGGACUCAAGUUAUGUGAUGGGCGCUGAUGGGGGAAGGGGAUCUGUAUGCGUAUAGUAUAAGGUGUUGAAUUCUUGCUUUGUCACAAUAUUAUGAUAUGAUCUAUACACGCCCGGGCUAGUACAUGGUUCUGCUAUUUAGAUCCCUUUGUUCUUGAAUAAAUUUGGUGAUUCAAUAUCAGAUAUUUGGACAAAUCAUAGUUUUUUUCUAGACAUAUAUGAUCUCUUAUUCAUUGGU